CUGAUGUCAGUGGCUUCGUCGUAUUUUGAAGCUAGCUCACUGUGAUUAGCCACGUCAUGUAAACUUAACAGUGGAGCAGUUGUGAUAUAAAGACAGGAAGCAGUCGCUGGUUUGGGAAGGACUUUAGGGAAUUGUUAAAGAGGAAAUUUUAUUUCAGGUCUCAAAGUUGGCAGUAAUCCUAUGGAAAGAUGUCAGAUAUCGGGGACUGGUUCAGAAGCAUCCCUUUCAUCACCCGGUACUGGUUCGCUGCCUCCAUUGCUGUUCCCCUUAUAGGCAAACUGGGAUUGGUUGAUUUCAGGAAUCUCUUGCUAUUUCCGGAGAUGGUCUUCAGCAGAUUUCAUAUCUGGAGACCGGUAACAGCCACUCUUUAUUUCCCUAUAACCCCUAAUACCGGCUUCCUCUACCUGGUCAACCUAUAUUUCCUCUACCAUUACUCCACUCGACUAGAGACAGGGUCAUUUGAUGGCAGGCCUGCAGACUAUAUCUUCAUGCUUCUCUUCAACUGGAUCUGCAUAGUUAUAACCGGGCUGCUGAUAAACAUGCAGCUGCUGAUGAUCCCCCUGAUUAUGUCUGUGUUGUACGUCUGGGCUCAGUUCAACAAAGACACGGUGGUGUCCUUCUGGUUUGGAACACAGUUUAAGGCUCAUUAUCUACCUUGGGUCAUUCUGGCUUUCAACUUUAUCAUCGGAGGAUCAUUUGUGAAUGAACUGACAGGAAACCUGGUGGGCCAUCUCUACUUCUUCCUCAUGUUCAAAUACCCCAUGGACCUGGGGGGACGCGCCUUCCUCUCCACGCCAGAGUUCUUGUACCGGUUCUUUCCUAACAGGAGGGGAGGGGUGUCCGGAUUUGGAGUCCCUCCGACCAGGAGACAAGCUCCCCAGGACAAUGCAGGGGGAUUCGGAGGACGUCACAACUGGGGGCAAGGUUUCCGACUUGGAGGCGAAUGAGAGAGAACUGCACUCUCUCAGCUGGCGGAAGAGCUGGGCAGCUGUUCUCAGAUUUAAACGCUUGUUUCAUUGAAUUUGUUCUUGUUGAAUCUUGAGACUUUAAAUUUAAUUCAUGGUUAACUUUAGAAGAUGCAACAGGAUCAAAUUUGAAAAAGCUCGCAUUUUACUGCCCUGCACAGCAGGACCUGGACUCUGGCUGUAGGCUCUGUUCACUAAGUAAAGUCAGCUCUACUUUUAUUACUGGAAAUGUUUCCAUGUUAGGAAGAUAGAAAAUUAAAUUGUUCUCUUUUUUUUUGUUUUUGUUAUUAUUCUUGACUGCCACCUCCAUUUUCUUCUUUCUUUCUCAUCUUCUUCUUACCAUCCCUCUUCCGCCUUUCUAACCCACACCCUGCCAUUGGACUGUCAAGAUGAGAGAUGUUGCAGCUGCACACCAGCACGCUGUGGAUUUCAACUCUUGUGUUCCUCCCCCUCCUCCUCUCACUCUCUGUGAUGCCAUAUCAGAUUACAUUGUAAUUACCAAUGCACUGGGAGCGUGCUCUCAGCAGUCCCCUCAGCAGAACAUGGGCAAAGCUAUUUAGAGAGCACUGUCUCCAGGUCUGAUUCUACAUGGGUGUGAAAUGUUUGUGUGCCUCUGUGGCACAGACUUGGAUCUUUUACUGAUUUCAUCUGAACAAAAAUGAGGUAAAGAUAGGAUCCUGCUCUUUUUUUGUAAAUAUAACAAUUGUUUAUUGAAAGGA